UUUCCGUAGCUACGUAGAAGACACGAAUAUCAACGACAGAUGUAUAAAUAGACCAUUACGGAGAAUUUGGUUCUGUUGACGCGACGAUAUUAGUGACAAAUGUAUGCAUGGGUGAAGCUCCGGUUCACAAAGGGUGCUAAUGUACAGUGUGCGCAGUUUUAGCGGUGACCAUGCACUGUGGUGUACAGUGCAGCAUUUUCAUCCAUGUCGGUAAAACACGGUGCAUGUGGCUAUAUACAGGGGUGACCUCCCCUUGAAGAGCUCGCGCUAAAUGCUACCAGUAUUCGUCCACGAGUGGAACGGAAGUACAUCCACCAGGAGAACGGGCAUCCAUCAGGAGGACGGUGUAGAGCGCAUGACAACACAUAGGGCGCGAAAUGCAACGUACUAGGAUUGUAUUGUGACCAUCAGUUUGGCGCCUGUUUCAACCUGGUGAGGUUGUGUGUUCUCUGUCUCCGAGUCCUCGGUCGUGUGCCCCGAAAUUAUCAGUCCAAGAUGUUUGUUCACAAACGAGAUGGAAGGAAAGAAAGUGUCAUGUUUGACAAGAUCACUUCUAGGGUUCAAAAGCUUUGCUAUGGUCUUAACCCGGAUUUUGUCGACCCCGCUGUGAUAACAUUGAAGGUCAUCAGUGGUCUGUACAAAGGAGUGACCACAGUAGAGCUGGACAACCUAGCUGCUGAAACUGCAGCGACCAUGACCACAAAACACCCGGACUAUGCUGUGCUGGCUGCGCGAGUUGCGGUCUCGAACUUGCACAAGGAAACAAAGAAGUGUUUUAGCGAUGUAAUGACCGACCUUUUCAACUGGGUGAACCCUAAGACUGGCAAACACUCCCCCAUGAUAUCUGAGGAAACCUACAAGAUUAUAAUGGAUAAUGCUGAUAAACUGAACUCUGCCAUUAUCUAUGACCGAGAUUAUAGCUACAAUUAUUUUGGCUUCAAGACAUUGGAGCGGUCCUAUUUGUUAAAGAUCAAUGGAAAUGUGACUGAGCGUCCACAACACAUGCUGAUGAGAGUCUCUGUUGGAAUCCAUGGCAAUGACAUUGAUGGUGCAAUUGAGACAUACAACUUGUUAUCAGAGAAAUGGUUUACACAUGCCUCACCCACUUUGUUCAACGCUGGGACAAGCAGACCUCAGCUCUCCAGCUGCUUCCUGUUGACCAUGUCUGAUGACAGUAUUGAGGGAAUCUAUGACACACUGAAACAGUGCGCUCUGGUAUCCAAGAGUGCUGGGGGUAUUGGGCUCAAUGUUCACAACAUUCGCUCGAAGGGCAGCUAUAUCGCAGGGACUAAUGGGAGCUCUAACGGCCUUCUUCCAAUGUUGAGGGUGUACAACAACACUGCUCGUUAUGUGGACCAGGGAGGGAAUAAGAGGCCUGGAGCAUUUGCCAUGUACCUGGAGCCAUGGCAUGCAGACAUCUUUGAUUUCCUGGACUGUAAGAAGAACACUGGGAAGGAGGAACAGCGAGCGAGGGACUUAUUCUACGCCCUGUGGAUCCCAGAUCUGUUCAUGAAGAGGGUGGAAGAGAACAAAGAGUGGACCCUCAUGUGCCCACACAGCUGCCCGGGGCUGGCUGACUGCUGGGGAGAGGAGUUUGAGAAACUCUAUGAAAAAUAUGAGAAGGAGGGUAAGGGCAAGAAAACGAUCAAGGCACAGCAGUUGUGGUAUGCCAUUAUUGAAGCCCAGACGGAGACGGGCACACCCUACAUGCUGUUCAAGGAUGCCUGUAACAGAAAGAGCAACCAGCAGAACCUGGGCACCAUCAAGUGUAGUAACCUGUGUACAGAGAUUGUGGAGUACAGCAGUCCCGAUGAGGUGGCAGUAUGUAACCUAGCUUCCAUAGCACUCAACAUGUUUGUGAAACCAGACAAAACCUAUGACUUUGGGAAACUACAGCAGGUGACCAAAGUCAUUGUGAGAAAUCUCAACAAGAUCAUAGACAUCAACUACUACCCAGUGCCUGAGGCCAGAAGGUCUAACAUGAGGCACAGGCCAAUAGGUAUUGGUGUGCAGGGCUUUGCUGAUGCCCUUAUCCUCAUGAGAUAUCCAUUUGAGAGCGAAGAAGCUCAGGAAUUAAACAGGCGCAUCUUUGAAAACAUUUACUUUGCUGCACUGGAGGCCAGCUGUGAACUGGCUGAGACGUUUGGACCUUAUGAGACCUACCCCGGCAGUCCUGUUAGUAAGGGUAUUUUGCAGCAUGAUAUGUGGAGUGUGAAGGACACAGACCAUGUGGACUGGAAGGGACUGCGGGCAAAGAUAGCCAAGCAUGGUGUGAGGAACAGUUUGUUGUUAGCCCCAAUGCCAACAGCGUCCACUGCUCAGAUUUUAGGCAAUAAUGAAUCCAUUGAAGCUUACACCAGCAACAUCUACACAAGGAGGGUGCUGUCAGGAGAGUUCCAGGUUGUCAAUCAGCAUCUGCUCAAGGACCUCACAGAACUGGGCCUGUGGAAUGAUGAUUUUAAGAACAAGCUGAUAGCCCACGGAGGAUCUGUACAGAAUAUAGAUGAGGUUCCUGAUAACAUCAAGAAGCUAUACAAGACUGUGUGGGAGAUUUCCCAGAAGACUGUGAUUAACAUGGCGGCAGACAGGGGCGCAUACAUUGACCAGAGUCAGUCACUCAACAUACACAUUGCCGAACCCAACUACGGCAAGCUCACCAGCAUGCACUUCUACGCCUGGAAAAAGGGUUUGAAGACUGGUAUGUACUAUCUCAGGACCAAAGCGGCUGCCUCAGCCAUCCAAUUCACUGUAGAUAAGUCCAAGCUGAAGAAACCAGCAGCCACAACAACACCAACAACUGCAGAGAAGAGUGAAGAAAACAUGGCAGCCAUGGUGUGCUCACUACAGAACAAGGACGAGUGCCUGAUGUGUGGCUCCUAGACAAACAGGGGAGAUAACCCUGUCGGCCUUGUGCCAAAAAAAUACCAACCUCAAAGUGCCUGUUGAGCUGAGCUAUCUUUACAAUGUGACGAAGACUGCAAAUAAGCCUGCUUUGUGGCUGCUUGCCAGUGACAUCCAGUUUUCACGAACUUUUUGCGAAUCUACGCAAACAAAAAAGCAUUGCCUACUUUUUACUGAGUAUCAGCUACAAAGAUCUUCAUUUAACUUGGGAAAGUAGAAAUAUCACCAUAAACAGAACUGAAAUAAGAGCCAGUUUCAUUUGUUAUCACUGAUAUAUAUAUAUAUAUAUUGUGUACAUAGACUCUGUCCGUUAUUGUGCUAUUUAUCUCCACUGUUCUUCUGCUAUUCCAACUCAUUUCAUUGUCUUAGUAUCAUGUCUUCAUCGUUUUAGCAGACAUAUUAUUAAGAGUAGAAACUGUAAAGUGAUUACUUAACGUUUUAGCAAGGGUGUGGAGUGAAUCUGUUUCAUCGCUUGGUCAUGUUAUAUUUUGUGUACAGCAAACUCAUUACAUAUUGUGGUGACCCUCAAUAAAUAACGGACCGUACAUCCUCAUUGUCAUUCAAUAUCAAAACAUGGGGGGAAAAAAGUGUGAAUGUUAUUGAGCGUUUAUGAUUAUCAGUCGGUGUGAACUCGGUUCUAUACAUUUGUAUGUUUUAUCUGAAAUUCAAAUUUAGUUUUACGUGUCAGCAUCUUUUCCUCAAACUGAGCAAAGUAUGGUUGGUAAGUAUACUAUCGUUAAUGUUGUAUUAUCCAUCACUGGUCUUGCAAAGUAAACUCUGAUAU